AUCCAUAAUCUAUUCCAAGUCAAUUACUCUAGCUAAAUAUCUCCCUCACACUAUGGGCACUUUGAUUGGGCAUGUCAUACCAGGCAUUGGAUUCUUUAUUAUUGGUCUAUGGCACCUAGUAAACCACAUUAAGCUCCAUGUCCUAAACCCAAAGGCAUACACUUCCUUGCCAUUUUUUCCAACUUCAAAAUCAAGGCACUUAGAGCUCUACUUCAUGAUGGGUUGUAGUUCCAUCUACAUACUCCUCGAGUUAGUCAUCGGCCAAAUGGGUCACCAUCUUUUCGACCAAGACGGGACCAUCCGUUCAACCCAUCUCCGCAACUUUGAACAUGCAUUCAUCACCUUAUGGAUCUUGGUUUACGCUGCUUUCACAAAACUCUUGGACCAUUUUGGCCGCCCAAAAACCAACUACGGUUUGACAAUGACACUAGCAGCCGUGAUGUUUUGUCAAGAACUUCUCCUUUACCACCUCCACUCAACCGACCAUAUGGGACUUGAAGGCCAUUAUCAUUGGUAUCUUCAAAUUGUCAUUUUUACCUCACUUGUUACUACUAUUCUUAGCAUUGGCUAUAAAAAUAGUUUCUUGGUUAGUUUUGUGAGGUCUUUUAGCAUUCUCUUCCAAGGGAUUUGGGAUAUUGUAAUGGGAAUCAUGCUUUGGACACCAACUAUGAUUCCUAAAGAUUGCUUUAUGAACAAGGAGGAAUAUUUUAGGAUAAGGUGUCAUACCGAUGAAGCGCUCGAUAGGGCUAAAGCACUGAUAACGCUUGAAUUCAGUUGGUACUUGGUCAUUUUCGUUGUCCUCACCUUGUGUAUGUACAUAUAUAUGAUUAAAGUAUACCAUGAAAAAGAUGGGUUUGAGCCCAUUGCUGACAAAGAGCAUGAAAGUGACGACACAAAGAAGAACAUCAAAUCUGAGAUCUCAAAGAGUCUCAACGAAGCAUCUAAUUAAUAUGCCUAAUUAUGCAUUGGAUGAGUUAUUUGUGGUUUGGUUUGUACUCUAUAUGGUUCUCAUUAUGAUCAUAUUUCUAAAUUGAGU